AUGACACCAACGUUCACAAUAGUAGCUUCCCUGUCAUAUAUACUGGUCGCUGUCUUACUGCAUUUUCUAAACCACGUUUCUUAUCCAAAAAACCAUAAUGAAGAAAAAGCAGAGGACACAUUCGGCGCUAGAGAUUUGCUCGCACAACUUCCUCCUCGUCAGGUCGACGAAAUGUGUAGUGAGACCACUAAAUAUUGUUUUCUCAUCUCUGAGUAUGUCCAGAAUGUAUCAGGAAGAGUGUUGGUCUUUCGAGAGCUUCAGCUGAAACAAGAUGGUCCGCAAUUACGUCUCUCCUAUGCUCGAGUUCUUGUGCCAAAACAAUUGAGCUAUCCUAUGUUGCUGAACACUAGGUCAUGGAAAAUUGACAAAACUACAGUACUUCUCACGUAUGCCCGAACCAUGAUAGCAGGAGUGUUUUUCAGUGACGCAGUAAAGUAUGACUCUCCCAAAAUUCAUAAUGUCCUCAUUAUCGGGUUAGGUGGAGGCGUGAUUAACAACUAUCUAAGCUCUAUGCCAAACCAGAAGCUGAACAUUACCGUUGUUGAUAUUGAUCCUGUGAUGAAGAGGGUAGCAGAAAAGUGGUAUGGCUUCCAGGAGAGCAAUCUCCACCGCAUCGUAAUUGAUGAUGGUAUCGAGUACUCAAGAAAAGCUUCGGAAAAAGGAGAAAAAUUCGAUGCUAUACUGCUUGACCUUUGUACAAACGAGAGACGCCCGCUUCUCUGUCCUAUCGAGGAAUUCCUAACAGAAACAGCACUGGAGAGCUUGGCAUCGAUUCUCUCCGAUACCGGAGCCGUCAUCGUGAAUAUCAUAAAAGGAAACGAGUACAAAGAUGCCAAGAACGAACCCAAAAAAAGCAGGCACAAGCUUCCUAUCCGCCACCUUGGAAUGCUACACCUCGCGAAUAACCGGCAGCGAUUCUUCUCAUUAGUGAGAAAGACGCAUAGAGAUCCUCGCAUUUUGCUCGUCAAAAUUUUGCUAGAUAUCAGUGUUCAAAAAAGAUUUCAGAACCACUUCGCAGCGUGUUCAAUGCUGUAUAAUGGGAACGAAGAAAUGUUGUUCUGUUUCAACAAAAUUGAACCACAUGAAAACAGAACGGACUCGCUUUCCAAAAUGGAGGCUGUCAUAGACAAAAAGCUAGGAUUUCACAUAACGGAUGGAGAGAAGUAUCUUGGAAGCGAUAUUGAGUAG